AUGGCCUCUUGUCUCCAUCCAUUCGCCGAUCACCAAAAGCAUUCCACUUCGCCCAACUCAAACGAUCAAGAUGUUGAACGCCUCCUCCGUCCACUCGUCGACGCCUACAAAGCGGCAAUUUAUGAGAGAAGAUACGAGGACGCUCAAAAAUUCUAUCAUCCGAACGCGGUGCUCGUCGAAAGCGAACAAAGGUGUCAUCACACACCGCCAGCAAUAGUCCGUGCCAUUUCCGAAUAUCGUGAGCCAUUGCAACCGGCGAAGACAAUCACGGAAAACGAGAUUUUCUCGGGAAACGGCGACGUUUUCUCGUAUCGAAAUAGCUGGGUGCUCGAGAACGACAAAGAGAUUUUGCGGGGACCAUUCGUUCAAGUAUGGGUUCGUAACGGUGACCAUCUCUCACUCUAUCACGAGGAGUUCGCGAUCCAGGAGCGUACAAAGAAGCAU